GUCGCGGUUAUUAUAACAUUCGCCGCUAGGUUAGGCUAUCGGCUACGUCUUCACUUGUUUUCGUACGUUUGCAGAGGACUUCUCCAAACAUUAUCAGCGGAUUUACUCCAAAAGUAGUUCUAUCUGUACUUUUGGUGGGCCGUACUAUUAUUAUUUUGUCGCAGAGCUUUAUAAUUUGGUUUCUGAUAUGGUUCAAAAAUGCAGUGGUUUAAACCGGUUGGUGCAUACAUUGUCUAAGUUACGAUUGAAUGAUGUGAAAUUAUUUUUAAUUGGAUUAGGGUUCGUAUUUUUAUUAAAUUGGAUUGUUACUUUAUCGUGGAUACCGAAAUUAAAAUGUUUAUCAGAUGGUAGCCUGCUUCAGAGUACAAAACAAUAUUCCAUAUUUUCUUUAACUGAUGUUAGUUAUGCUCAAAAUCUUGCUAAUAAGAUUAAUAUAUAUUGUUAUAUCCUAACGGAACCACAGUCACAUCUAACCAAAGCUUAUCAUGUUCAAACAACUUGGGCCCGAAGAUGUACUCGUUUUAGUUUUAUUAGUUCAAAAGCGGAGAAAUUAAUGAAAAUGCUUGCUGUUGAUAGAACGCAAAAUUAUGUUAAGCAUUCUUGGAUUUCAAUGCGUGAAACACUUCGUGCAUUACAUAAACAAACUUACAAAGCAGCAUAUUUUCUUAAAGCUGAUGAUACAACUUAUGUGAUCAUGGAAAACUUAAGGAAUGCUUUAGAAUACACAGAUCCUCGUAAACCAUUUAUUAUGGGUCAUAUCUAUAAGAUCCGUCCAAACGAAUUCACUUUAUCUGGUAGUUUUGGCUACGUCCUAUCAAGAACUGCUCUCGAAUUAAUUGUUAUGAAAGGUUUAGACAAAUUGGCUGACUGUGGACCAAUUCAGCAUGUUCGUGAAGAUAUUCAAAUAUCUAAAUGUGCAAAAGCAUUGGGCAUAGAAUUCAAAGAUAGUAUUGAUAUGUUUGGAAUGUCACGAUUCAGUAAUGUUACCAUAAACAAUCUCUUUGGAACAUUCAAUAACAGUAAUAAUAAUAGCGGAACAAUUCAGUGGGAUCCAAUAAAAACAGAUUAUACACAAGCUGUGUAUGACUUAAAGAAAUUACCUGCAAGUCCACUGCUGAUCAGUUUCGGUGGUUUAAUGCCAGUAAAAAUGUAUAUUUUAGAAUAUUUAAUCUAUCAUCUUCGACCAGUUGGAAUAACGCAUAGAAUUUUACAACAUCUACCUUAUUCAUUAUCAUCUACAAUGAAUCGUUAUCGUCAACAAGACCAUAGUACAUACUAAUGUAUAUACUAUUGUCUCAGUGAUUUUUAUUGUUUGCAUAAUAUGUAUAUGAUACUUUCUUAUCUAAGUCAUUUUAACUAGUUGUUUAUUUAAUUUUCUUUCUUCUUGUCAUUGUGAUCAACAUAUAAACAUUUACAUAUCACAAUUUUUUAGUAGAUAAUUUAAAUUCCCUAUUUAAUUAUUUGUAUUCUAAAUAUAUAUAUAUAUAUAUAUAUAU